AUGGUAAGAAAAGACACGGAAAAAGAUUUCUAAAUAAGAAUAAGAAAUUUAACAUAUAAUGAAAAUGUAUAUUAAGUUUCUGUUGAUGAAUAAAAGUAAAUCUUAGUAGUUAGUACAAGUAAUAAAAAAUAUUAUAAAUAAAUUCAAAUCGGUGAUAUGUAAAGAGCUAAUAUUAAAUUAUAAAAUGCUUAAAGUAAUGUUUAAUAUUAUAUCCGUGAAAAUUUAUGGUAGACAUUAUAAAAAUAUUGCAAUGAAUAAUAUAAAGCCAUAGGUGAUCCCAGUUUUGUGUUUUGGAAAGCAUUUGGACUUUUUUAAGAAGGAUCUCCAAAUGAAGCUAUAAAUGAGUUAACUUAAAUAUAUCAUAAAAAAGAAAUAUAAUAUGCUUCAAUUAUUGCAUUAAUUUAUUAUCAUUAAAGUUGUUAAUCAGUUGAUAGAGAAGCUUUAUAAAAUCUAAAAUUUGAAGAAUAAGCAGAAAGAAGAUUAACAAAUGAUAAAGCAUUAUGUUUAGCUUCUUUAUUCUAUUCUUAUAGUGGAGAACAUAGGAAAUCUAAAGAACUUUUAGACGAUAUAUAAUCUUAAGGGAUUAAUUCUAGAAUAGCUUAAGCUUGGUCUUUUUUAUUGGAAGGAUCAACUAAAAAUGUAGAUAAGGCAAUUGAACUUUUCGAAGCUUUAUAUAAUGAAUAAAAUGAUUAAAAUAAAAAUAUUGAAUCUUUAAUGGGAAGGGCAAAAGCUAAUGAAUUAAAAAGAAAAUUCGAAGUCACUUUAAAUACUUUAAAUGAAAUAAUUGUUCUUUAUACUGAUUUUAAAUCUGUUUAAAUUGAAAAAGCUAAAUUUCUGAUGAUUUUAGGAAAUUGGGAAUAAUUAUAAGAAUCUGUAUCUUAAAUUUUAUAUGAUGAACCUAAUAAUAUAAUAGCCUUAUAAUUGUAGGCUUUUAUUACUUUUAUAAGAGAAGGAGAUAUUGAAUUAGGAUGUGAAAAGCUUGAUAUUUUAAUAAAAGUAAUAUAAAAAUAGGAAUAGAAAAAUACUUAAUUAAUGCAUAAAGUAGCUUAAUUAUUUUCAAGAAUAUCAGGAAAAAAUAAACAAAUUUUAAAUACAACUUUAAACUUAUGCCUUUAGUGUAAAAAAAGCAAUCCUUUAAAUGCCAAUUAUGCUUCAGAAUUAGCUGUUUAAUAUUUAAUGUUAAAUGAUUAUGAAAAAGCUUAUGGUUUAUUUUAAGAAGCAGCUGCUUUAGAUGAAACAAAAAUAGAUUGCUUAAUAGGAAUGAUUUAAUGUAGAUUAUAUUAAGGAGUUAUUGAAGAUGCUGAGUAAUAAAUUGAGUUUUUAAAUUAAAUAAAUUCGUAAGAAGAAAGAACUCCGGAAAUAGCAUAUUUAGAAUAUUUAUUAGCUUCUAAAAAAACAUAAAAUGAUCCUAAAGGAACUAUAAGAUUUGUUGAUGAAGCUUUGAAACUUCAUAUAUAAAGUACUAAAUUAUUAUCUCCAAACUUCGAAUAUUACAUUUAAUUAAAUCCAAAUUUCCUUUUAUAACUUUCUCAAGCCUAUCUCAGUUAGAUCGGUAUGAAAGAAAUGCUUUCUGGAAAUCAACCAUCAAAUGGUUCAGUUGCGAAAGGUACUAAAUUGCUUGAUACAAUUACUAAAUAAAUUCCUGGCUUAGUGUCAGCUUAUUUAUUAUUAGCAAAGGGUAAAAUGUCUUUAGGAUAAUAAAGUGAUGCUUUAAAAAGUAUAAAUAAAGUAAUAGAAUUCGAUUCUAAAAAUGAAGAAGCUUAUGUUUUAUCUGCUUUGAUAGCUUCUUAGAGUAAAAACUACAGUUUAGCUUAAAAUAAUUUACAAUAGGCUAUUUCUAAUAAUUUUAUGAUAAGAGAAAAUCCUCUUUUCAUGCUUGUGAAAGGUGAAGUAGAAUAUGCAAUGGGAAAUUUCCUUAACUGCGAAUAAACAAUGGAAGCAGCUUAUGAAAUACCGGAAGUUAAGGAUUAAAAUAUACAAAAAAAUUCAAAUAAUCAACAAUAAAUACUUUAGUUUGGUGAAAAAGAUAGAUGUUAAAUAUUCCUUUUAUAUGCAAAAGCUUUAUCUAAGAAUAACAAAGCAAAAGAUGCUAAAAAAAUAAUGAAUUUAGCCAUCGGUUAGUUUGCGAAUACUCCCGAAGAGGUAAAUGUAUUUAUUGCGAAUUCUGAAAUUGCCAUAAAUUCAGGCGAUGUGAAAAAAGCAAUUUCUAUUUUGAAAGGAGUUUAACAAGAUUCACCUUAUUUUUUAAGAGCUAAAUAGAUAUUGGCUGAUGUUUAUUUAGAAUAAUUACGAGAUAAGAGAAAUUAUGCAAAAUGCUACACUGAUAUGGUUGAUUUAGAUUAAAGUUUUGAAAACUAUAAGCUUUUAGGAGAUGCUUUAGUAAAAAUUAGAGAAAUGGAAGACGCAGCCAAGGCUUAUGAAAAAGCCGCAAUUUUAAAACCCGAAGAUUAGGAAAUUAUAAGGCUUUUAGGUUCCUCUUUAUGCUAAACCCAUGACUUUUAGAGAGCUUUAGAUUAUUAUGAAAAUGCUUUAGGGUAGAAUCCCAAAAGAAUAGAUCUUAUUUUAGGUUUAGGAUAGUUAUGCAUCCAGAUUAAAAAUUUUAAAAGAGCAGAAUAGGUUUUAAGACCUGAAGUAUUUACCUUAGAUGAGUAUUAGGAGAAAAGUUUUAGUGUAUUAAAAAAAAAUAUGUAAGGUUUCUAUUUAAUUGCUAAAUUACAUUUAAAAAAAUAAACACCAAAUGAAAUUAAGCCUAUUGAAAUGUAUAGAAAAGCUAUUAAAAAAGCUAUCUAAUUAUAAACAGAAGUUAUAGAAAAAGCAAAACAGGAAAGCGAAGAUGUAGAAAAUGAAAGAAAAUAUAUAGGAUAGUUGUUUUUAGAAUUAGCGAAAUAUACUAUAAAAUAUGAAAGAAAUGAAUAAGCUGCAUUGGCUAUUUUAUAAGAAUGUAAUAAAUAUGUACAAGAUUAGGAAAAUGUAUUAGAAUUGGAAGCUGAAAUAUAUUUAAAUGGUGGACAAAAAGCAGAUUGUGAAAACAAAUGUAAUAUUUUAUUAAAAUUAAAUGCAAAUAAUGAUUUCGCGUCUUUAACUUUAGCAGAACUUCUCUUAUAAAAAAAUGAUUAUUCAUAAGCUAUAGAAUAAUUUAAGAAAAUAUUAUAAGAUAGACCAAAUAAUUAUGGUAUUUUGUCCAAAUUAAUAGACUUUUUUAGAAGAACUUUCUAAAUAUAAUAGGCUAAUGCAUACAUAGAAAGAGCAGAAAAAAAGGCAACUAAUAAAAACGAUCCAGGAUUGUGUUAUUGUAAAGCUUUAUUUUAUAAAUAUAACAGGUAAAUAUAUAAAUAAUAUAUAAGUAAAUUUAAAAUAAAUAAAAAAAAAAAAUAUUAUUUAUUUUAAAUAUUUAAUAAAAAAAAAUAAAAAUGA